AUAGAAAGCAACAGGUUGCCCAACUAACUUAUCCCUCCACUAUAAUCUGAGUAUUUAUGUAACCGCCGUGGCCCCCAACAGCGUAGUAACCGCCCCCAAAAAGUCAGUCUGCGCCACCAUUUUCGGCUGAAAUGGACCCACCGCUCCCCGCCAUGGCGGCCUCACUCGUCGACGCGCAACCGCUCACGGCGCUCUCAGCCUCCGCCGCCAAGAUCCGCCUUAUGUGCAGCUACGGCGGCCACAUAGCGCACCGCCCACGCUGCAAGUCCCUGUGCUAUGUCGGAGGCGAAACCCGCGUGGUCGCCGUUGACCGCCGCACCACCGCCGCUUCACUCUCUCCCCUCGUCGCCCACCUCUCGCGCGUUCUCUACAACAACCGGCCGUUUCACCUCAAGUACCAGCUCCCCAACGAGGAGCUGGAUUCCCUCGUCUCCGUCACUUCCGAUGAGGACUUCCAGAACAUGCUCGAGGAGUACGACCGCAUCUCCUCGUCCGCGUCUGAUACGCCUUCUCGCAUCCGAUUGUUCCUCUUUCCUGAUUCGCUAGGCUCGGCACUCCUCGACCCGAAAGGCGACUCCUGGUUCUCCGAUGCUUUGAACAAUUCCACAAUUGUUAGGAAGGGCCAGUCUACUGAUUCCGGUCCGCCCCCUGGAUUGAUGGGCCUUGAUACUGUUGUUGGCUCCGACUUACUCUCUGUCGAGGGUCAAGCGGAGAGUUUGAGUAACAGUGGAGGUGGGGGCGGAGAUGCUAAGCAUGGAUUGGAACUUGGUGGUUUGUUGCAGGAAUCCUUGGUUUUGGAGACCAGUUCUUCGUUUGGCUCUACUAAUUCUUCGAUUUCAAUGUCGAAUUUGCCGGCGAUUGGAGUUCACGGCGAGGAGAAUGGUUUCAAUUUGCUGGAAAAGAGGCUCAGAGUCCCCUCUUCGGCUUCUAUUGAAAGUGAUAUUAGUGUUGGAAGUGUUGGUUUUCAAUCCAAACCAUCAACAUACCAAGAGCCAUUUAUUCAAGUUGUGUCUGGAGCAACAAGCUGCACUAUCGACCCAGAAAGUCCCAUCUCGAAUGCUUCGAAUUUGUUUCAGACGCAAAAAAUGGUUCAGGUUCCUGCAUAUCAAGUCUCCCAGCAGUCAGAUGGGAAGGCACAACAUCAUGGGGUGCAGUAUGUUCAUGGAGGUCCCUACUACAUGCCUCAAUAUACUACGACUCCAUUGCCAUUGUCAUCUUGCUAUCCAGUGUAUCAGGUUCCCGUGCAGCAGAGCCCAUAUACAUUGAGUCAGCAAUACCCAAUUUACUUUGUUCCUGUGCACCCAACUCCGUCUAUAAAUAUGUCAAUGCAGUGUAGCGUAAAUGAUACUGCAACUAUUUCUCCCAAUCGACCCAUACUGCAUCCACAAGGACAUGUUAUCCCUCCGCCAACAGCUCAAAAGGAUUUCCCGAGUGCUCAACAAGUACCUGACUCAUCUGCAAAAGUUUACAGGACCAUCCCGAUAUCAACUGUUCCUGUUAGUGCACCUUCCACUCAAGGUCAACAGCAGUUUGUCGGUCAUCUUGAGGCACAAUUUAGCUCCCAGCCUGUUUCUUCAACAUCAGUUUCAGUGACUAAUUAUUCUGAUGAGUUUGAUGAUGACCUUUCCUACGCUCAAAUAUAUAAGAGUCAGCUGCCAGCUCCAGCAUUUAUCUCUCAGUGUCAAACCAUUACAAAGGGGCAACAGUACUCUUAUAAGAGUCCUCAAUGCAGCAAUACGUAAAUAGCAUGACAACCAAGGCCACAUGGCUUCCUCAGUGAGGUCAACAGGCUAUCACUAGAAGAACAAAAUUUUGGUAUGGGUGUGAUUAUUUUUCUUUUCUUUUCAACAUUAUAGUCUUCACCUUUCAGUAUAUUGUUAUUUUUUUCCUUGUCUUACUCCCUUUGUCUAUUUGUUUAUUUUUUGUUCUUUCUCAACCCUCUCCCUCCCCUAUCUCCAUUACAGUCAAAACAGUUGUAAUUUAUUUUUCUACCAGUUAGUGUGGGAAUUUAGUUUAUUUCUAAGGCUUGCUUCGUCUUCAUGUCAACUGUUGUAAGUUUUCUGUUUGUGAGUAUUCAAUACACAGGGUGGUUGUAAGUUCUAACGUCAACACAACAUUAUGAAUUGAGUCAAUAUACAGAUUCUGGAUGUAUAUAA